AUGAAUUCCCUAUGUUGGAACUGCCGGGGAAUUGGGAACCCCCGGAUAGUUUUUGCGCUCCGUGAUUAUUUGCGACGUUGGAAUCCCAAACUCGUCUUCCUCUCGGAGACAAAAUUGAUUAGCAGGCAUAUGGAGAAAGUUAAGUACAAGCUGGGUUUUUCAAAUGGACUUAUUGUUCCUAGUAGGGGACGUAGGGUUGGCCUUUCUCUGCUCUGGUCCAAUGACACUGUUCUGGAAAUUAAGAGCUAUUCAGACUAUCACAUUGAUGCGGUUAUUACAGAAUCUAGCAAUGGUGGUGCUCUUCGUUCUCAAUGCCAAAUGGACAAAUUCCGGCAAGUUGUGAAUUUAUGUGGAUUUAAGGAUUUGGGGUUUUGUGGCCCUGAUUUUACCUGGUGCAAUAUGAAGGAGGGGAGCAGCAGAAUUUUGCUCCGUUUGGACAGAGCCUUUGCUAACUCUGAGUGGCUUAAUCAUUUCAAGGAUCCAAUUGUGCAUCAUCUGGUUGAAUCAACAUCAGACCAUUGUAUUCUUAUCACCACAGACCCCUCCCGCCCGAUUAAUAAGCGCAAUCGUAGGUUCCAUUUUGAGGCGAUGUGGACCAAAAGAGAUGAUUGCAGAGAAGUCAUUGAUGCUGCCUGGAACUCCGGCACCCUUGCCAUCACGCCGGAUGGGAUUGCUUCCAACCUCCAAAGAUGUGCUGCUGCUCUUUCAACUUGGAACCAGAAUGUAGUGGGAAAUAUUACAAAGAAAAUCCAAGAAAAGAAAAGAGCCCUCUCGUCUCUUUCCAUUGAUGACAGAGGCAAUAAGGGGGCUGAAGUCAACCAGCUUAGAAGAGAAAUUAAUGAUCUGUUGGAUAGUGAAGAGAUCAUUUGGAGACAGCGCAGCAAGACUCAUUGGUACAAGGAAGGGGACCGAAACACAAAGUUUUUUCACGCCCACGCCUCGGAAAGAAGGAAAAAAAACACCAUUUUGGGGCUUUGGAAUGAGGACGGUGUUUGGUGUGAGAAUAAGGACAGCAUCACUGCUGCUGCAAUAUCAUAUUUUGAGAAGAUUUAUUCCACCUCCUCUCCAAGUGGAAUUAAUGAAGUCACCCAUGCAUUAUCUAGGUGUGUUACGGAGGAUAUGAAUGCUGAGCUCACCAAGGCCUUUACAAGAGAUGAAGUCACCAUUGCACUCAAGCAGCUCCACCCAACCAAAGCUCCUGGACCGGAUGUUAUUAUCAAUGGUGAGGCUUGUGGAAACAUUACCCCCACAAGAGGCAUAAGGCAGGGGGAUCCCCUUUCCCCCUACCUCUUUCUUCUUUGUGCUGAAGGCCUCUCCACUCUCUUUCACAAAGCUGCCCGGGACAAGCAAAUAAAUGGAAAUGCUAUCGGCAGGGGCUGCCCUUCCCUUACUCACCUCUUCUUCGCCGACGAUAGCCUCUUUUUUUGCAAAGCAUCGGUCCAAGAAUGUCAGCAUCUUGUUGACAUCCUCAGCCGCUAUGAAGCGGCCUCGGGGCAAAAAAUCAAUACCGACAAGUCUUUCGUCUUUUUCAGCCCUAACAGCCCGCAAGAGAGAAAGGAAUGCAUUUUAAAUAUCCUUGGACCAAUGCAAGACUCCAGGCACUAUAAAUACUUGGGGCUCCCCUCCAUCAUUGGCAAAUCUAAGGCUUUGGUGUUUGCGGAAGUUAAGGAAAGGGUGGCGAAAAAGCUGGCUGGUUGGAAGGGAAAGCUCCUUUCAAUUGGGGGGAGAGAGAUCCUUAUCAAGGCGGUUGCCCAAGCAGUGCCCACGUACACAAUGAGUUGCUUCCAACUCCCUAAGACACUUUGCAAAGACCUUGAAAAUUUGAUGAGGAAUUUCUGGUGGGGGCAAAGGGGUGAUGAGAACAAAAUAUCAUGGCUUAGUUGGAAGAAGAUGUGUAAAUCAAAGUUCCAUGGUGGUAUGGGUUUUAGAAACAUCCAAGCUUUCAACCUUGCCAUGUUGGCUAAGCAAGGUUGGAGAAUCCUCACCAACCCAAACACUUUGAUGGCUUGGAUAUUUAAAGCCAAAUAUUUUCCCCAUGAUGAAGUCCUCAACUCCAAAAAAGGAAGCAAUCCCUCUUACGCUUGGCGAAGUAUUCAUAAUAGUCUUGAGGUGAUUAAGAGAGGCACUAGAUGGAGGGUGGGUAAUGGCCGUCGAAUUCAUAUUUGGGAGGAUAAGUGGCUGCCAACGCCCUCCUCUUUCAAAGUGAUUAUGCCCCAAACUGAUUUUGACGACUAUCCUAUGGUAUCUUCCCUUGUUGAUAAUGAUACCAAAUGGUGGAAAGUAGAUUUGGUCAAGUCCAUGUUUUUGCCCUAUGAUGCUAGCAAGAUCUUAAAAAUUCCCCUUAAUUAUAAUCUACCCAAAGACAACCUUAUUUGGAUUGGCAAUAAGCGGGGGGUCUUUACUGUCAAAAGCGCAUACCACAUUGCUUCUUCCCUUGUGGACUCAAAUGAGGUUGGGGAGUGUUCCUCAUCAAAUUCAAAAACGCUACUGUGGAAAAGGAUUUGGAGUCAAAAAGUUCCUCAAAAACUCAAAAUUUUUGCUUGGCGUCUUUGUGUCAAUGGCCUUCCCACUAUGUUCAAUUUAAGUCACAGGGGUAUUCAUUGUUCAAGUUUCUGCCCUCUUUGA